AUGGCAGCGGCCGAUCUCCUGGUCGUUAUUUUGAAUCCGCUACUGAAGUGGACUGCUGAGAUUUAUUUUCCCCGAUCAUUCCUGCUCAUCACUGCUGUAUGCAGACCCGUCACCUGGUUGAUGUUUGCGAGCACAGCGACCUCAGUCUGGCUGACUGUCGCAUUCACCGUCGAUCGAUUUGUGGCUAUUUGCUGUGAGAAGCUGAAAACAAAAUAUUGCACCGAGAGAACGGCGGCUGUGGUUAUCGGGACAGUGAGUGUGCUGGCCUGUUUGGAGACUGUUCCCUGGGGCUUUGUGUACGGGGCUGGAAAAAUAAUUGAUGGUGUUUCCUGGUAUUGUGUUUUAACACCGAGCUUCACAAACUCUCCCUCAUGGGCGGCAUUUGAGAUUUUUCACCGCAUUUUCUACCUUUGCGUCCCUUUCAUUCUGAUGUUGCUGUUCAAUAUUCUGACUGUCAGGCGGAUUUUAGCUGCCAGUCGAGCCCGCAGGGGGCUCCGGGGACAAAAGAGUGGAGAGAAUGACAAGGACCGGGAGAUGGAGAACCGACGUAAAUCCAUCGUUCUGCUGUUCAGCAUAACCGGGCUGGAAGAUGGAAAUCAGGAGGAGCUGAGGGCAAUACAGAGGUACCUGAAAGCCAGGUUCAGGGAGGCUAAAGACAGCGGUUCUGUCGCUGACAGUGAUCACUUUGACUGUCUAAUUGAGAAAUCCCGCCAUCAGCGUCCGAACGAGACGCGGAAGGCACCGGUAGAAAAUGUUCCAUCCACGAACUUGGUGGCGAUUGUGAUCCUGUCCCGGGGAAAGUGCGGUCUCUCCAAAUGUAUCACCCUCUACCUUGUGGGAAUGGCAGCGGCCGAUCUCCUGGUCAUUAUUUCGAAUCCGCUACUGAAGUGGACUGCUGGGAUUUAUUUUUCCCGAUCAUUCCUGCUCAUCACUGCUGUAUGCAGACCCGUCACCUUGUUGAUUUUUGCGAGCACUGCGACCUCAGUCUGGCUGACUGUCGCUUUCACCGUCGAUCGAUUUGUGGCUAUUUGCUGUGAGAAGCUGAAAACAAAAUAUUGCACCGAGAGAACGGCGGCUGUGGUUAUCGGGACAGUGAGUGUGCUGGCCUGUUUCGAGACUGUCCCCUCGGGCUUUGUGUACGAGUCUGGGGAAACAAUUGAUGGUGUUUCAUGGUAUUGUGUUUUAACACCGAGCUUCACAAACUCUACCUCAUGGGCUGCAUUUUACAUUUUUCACCGCAUGUUCUACCCUUGCGUCCCUUUCAUUCUGAUGUUGCUGUUCAAUAUUCUGACUGUCAGGCGGAUUCUAGCCGCCAGUCGAGCCCGCAGGGGGCUCCGGGGACAAAAGAGUGGAGAGAAUGACAAGGACCGGGAGAUGGAGAACCGACGCAAAUCCAUCGUUUUGCUCUUCAGCAUAACCGGUAGUUUCAUAUUGUUGUGGGGAACACUGGUGGUAUUUCCCAUCUAUAGCUUGAUUAAAAUGAGUUUUUUUAAUUCUGUCACGGAUCCCCGUUACGUCACAGACCAAGCAUCAGUAAUGCUGCAGGUUCUCAGUUCCUGCACCAACACGUGUAUUUAUGUCCUUACUCAGAGAAAAUUCCGAGAGGAAGUAAAUAAUGCGGUGAAAUACCCACUGAAUCUGAUUUUGAAACUCCUGAAACGUUAG